AUGCCAAAACAAGUUAGAAAAAAGAUACCACCGCGACCAUCGCAAAAACUUGAUCAGUUCCCAAGCCGCCUUUCCAAUUCUCUAUACCUGCUCCAUUUUGAGGCAAAUCUGACUUCCUCUCGGAAUCGCUCUCUUGAAAAAAGAAAAGGUCUACUCGCCAAAGCCAAGGAGGCUCACGGACGCAAGACCAAAAGAAGACUAGCUCUUAGAAGAAAACUCGAAAGAAGAGUUGUGCUCUGCCGAAUUCGUCGAGAAAAUAACAAAAGUUCACCACUGACAGUAAAUCAAACAAGUAAGACUCGAAGGGAAGGUCCUGUGAUCAUACACUUAGUGUCAGAAAGUGAGGAUACAGAUAUUGAAGAAUCACAGAGCGAAGAGUAUGGAAGCAAGAAUGAGGAGAGGGGUAAAGAGAACGCCGGGUCAAUUUUAGUAGGCGCAAAGAAGACCAGAAAAACUCCAAACAUUGCAGGAAAUUGGAGUCAGGCACAUUCGCCUCAGGGUAGUGGCAAGACUGCAGAUGAUGAAGAAAAAGAAAAAGAUCGCUCUGAUUCAAUUAGAAAAUAUACAGCAAAAACUAAGAGUCUGCCGCUCAAUAAAGACAUUUACGAAGAGAACGAAGGCGAUGCCACUGCUUUCAGGGACGGAAAGAAUCAAGAAAGUGAAGAGGGUGACGAGAGAAAGGAGGAAAAGGGUAUUUGUUUUCCGCUUUCGAAAUAUAUAGAAAAUUCACUGAACCUUCCGAUCGCUAAGGGCACGGCCCCUGGACCUAAACUUGGCAGAGACCUUGUGUUAGAGCUUCAUCGGCUAGAGGAACGCACUAUUUCAACUUCGAAGAAUUCAAAACAAACACCUCAUUGCACGAAUUAUCAUAGCAAUGUGAUUCAAAGAGGUCAAAGAUACAUUCGUACAAAGAAUAUUACGCCGAAAAUUCAAAAAGAAAAAGGGAACAUUAUCUCAUCGUCAAUACCAGCACUCAAAAUAAAAAGCAUCUCACGUGAUGAAGACAUUAUGACUCUGGGAGUCAAGCGCAGAAAGAACGGGAUGCCGAGGAUACCGGAAGAUGAGGAAGACAGUGAAUCCGAAGAAGGAGAGUCUGCAAUUAUUACCGCACAACCACAUUCAACUCCCUCGAAAAACACAUCACCAGCACAUGCCAGCAUGGCUCUAGAGCACAAGCGGAAAUUGAACACCAUGCCAAGUACUGCACAAGAACAGGAGAGUAAGGGACAACCAAAUUAUGUCUCCAGUCCAUCUCCUCCUUUACUAGAUGGAUCAAGAUUUAAGCGCCAAAAGACAGCGCCGGUCGAUUCGUGGGACGAAGUGAAUAAAGAUAUCGACGGUGUACCCCGGGUUGAGUCCACCAGUUGGCUCAUCCCAGAAAGCGUUACAGAUCAUCUUUUGCCCAGAGAAAUUAUCAGAACCAAAUCACCAAAGAGUUUCGCCGAUCUUCCAGGCUUGAUAAUCCGUCAGAUCCUCGAUACCGUUUGUGAACAGGAAGAUGGAAAACUUCUUUCUUCAAUAUGCUUUGGACUCACCUGUAAACUUCACUGGGGCUUUUUCAAGGCCCGAUGGUGUCCUCCGGGCAGUGAUAUGAUCUACGAAGGAUAUCUGCCAAAAGAAGACCAAGCACUUCUAGCACCUUUCCUUCAGAGUUGGGUUCCAGAAAGAUAUCGAAUGAUGUCGGGGAAGGGUGGUAAAGGUGGUCCAAGCUUAAUCCCAAUGUUUCUUUCAAAGAAUCAAUACGAGGAAGGAUAUACGAGAGAAGAGGAAAGAUUGGAGAAAAGAUACGUCGCCUGUCUCUCCAUCCUCGAUGCCACGAAUCUCGAUGGUAUGCAGCUAAAUUCUAGCCGCGGCUUACAUGCGAUUAUAGAUAACACGAUUGAUUUGCCAAGCCCGUAUGGAAUGGGUCAUUCUUGGUACGAUGCUAGUGCCUCUGAGUACCUAUUUCUUGUUGAAAAAUGGGAGUAUUCGACACUAAAUGGUGACGGUCCUGGAUUCAAAGCCAUUUGUGAGUCGUGGUAUACUUUUCAAGAUACUUGUCUGUGGGACUGGGUCAAUGGGAAAAACUUCAAUCAGUUUCGUGAAGAAUGGAUGGAUGACGAGGGAAUGAAAGGAAGGCAGAAGGUCAAACAGACUUUACUGAAGUUUGACAAGAAGGUGAAACAAUUUGAGGCAAGUAACCGUGAUUCAGAAGAUACGAUUAUUCCCAAUCAAGACUAUCUCCGUAGACUUCACGAGAUAAAGAUAGCGUGUUGCUAUGAGUGUGGCGCGGAACGUUAA